AGCAGCGACCCGACCCCGACCCCGACCCCGACCCGAUUUUGUUGCAAUCAUUAGGCUACACAAACUUUCUCAUACCUAAGGAACAAAAUAAUGAGAUCGGAUCUCCUUGCCUAAGUCGGCCGCUCUCCGAAUUCAUAUCAGCUUGCAGAGCAGAGCCCAAUACAUCGGGCAAGAAAUCACACACACAGCCUGACAGUUCAGCUCGUUGAAAUACGCUCCCAGGGCUGAAGAUUACUGCGUACAUUUGCAGAUGGUCCUACAGCAUCGAUGAACGCCGGGCUCUGCCUAUUCGCCUUUCUCUUACAUCUCCGCAUGCCGUGUUCUCCGGCGAGAGCAUCUCUCCCUUGACCGAUCUUCACGAUGGCGGACAUUCAAGACGGCCAGGCGCCAGCACCGGAUGUCAUGAACGAUCCGCAAUACACCACGAACUUUGAUGAUGGCGAAGAUGGAUCCGGGGACGCAGAUACUUGUAGGAUAUGUCGGGCCGAGGGCAGCGACGCAGAACCUCUCUUCCAUCCUUGCAAAUGCAGUGGGAGUAUCAAGUUCGUACACCAGGACUGCUUGAUGGAAUGGCUGUCACAUUCGCAAAAAAAGCACUGCGAGCUUUGCAAGACCCCCUUCAGGUUCACGAAGCUGUACUCCCCGAACAUGCCAAAAUCUCUUCCUCUGCCCGUACUUGCACGACACGUUGUCAUUCACACCGUCAAGAAUAUUGCAACCUGGUUGAGAUUCUUGGUGGUGAUUACCGUUUGGCUAGGAUGUCUCCCCUUUGUCAUUCGGCAGGUAUGGCGACUGCUGUUCUGGUUUAGCGAUGGAGGGUGGCCUUCGAACUAUCUCCCAGCCAACACCACCAAUGACUCUUCGUCGGUCAAAGCACUGGAGAUGGCACGAGAGAUUCAGAAGCUGUCGAAGAUAGCUGGAAACGGCACAUCCCCUGUCACCCCGUUGCAGGACAACCAGACCACAUCUGCCAGUAUGGGAGGUUUGGUGGACAAGCUUAUGGGUUUGUUGCUGCCAGUAUCUCAAACGCUGAACAUCAGUGAAUCCGAUCCCUUACUUGCUGGCUUACUAAAGUCUGUGUACUACGGUCUAGGUAUUCAAAAUGUGGUCGCUCCCGAGGGUGCAAAUGCAAGCGUACCACAUAACUUCAUUAGCGCAUCUGCUGAAACUCGGCAUUCAUCACUCCUGAGUGAUGUUUCAUUUUUGCGGAAUUUGACGAGACACUCAUACAUCAAUCAGCUUGUCAUUACGAUAGCCGAAGGAUAUGUUAUCACAAUACUUGUUGUUGUCUGCUUCAUUCUCGUAUUUCUUAUUCGGGAAUGGGUUGUUCAACAACAGCCGGGUAUCAAUAUAGGUGCUGGCUUUAACGCAGAAUUUCCAGCGCCUGACCGGGCAAGGGAUCAACAUGCAAAUCGAGAAGCAGGCCAAGAUGCUCUCCGUCGGGUUGAUGGUGACAAUCUUGUCGAGAAUGCUCAGGACCUGAGAGAUAUUGGAAGACGGCCAAUGGCAAGACCACGUCGAAGGAUCAAUCACUUGGACGAUGUGAUUGAAUUUCCUCCUAACGAUACCGAACUUCUGGAGGAUAUGCGCAAUGGGAAUGAGGAACUUCGGGAUGAUAUCCGCUAUCUGGAAGAAGGUUCUGCUUCGCUGCUUCGACCUGCGCCAGUUCGGGAUGCUCUCACACCAGCUGCCGAAAUCCAACGAGCUAUUACUGAAGAACCAAGAAUGACGGAAGAGUUUCUUGCUAUAUGGCGGCGGGCGGACAACGAUCCUUCAGAAGUUCUGCGUAUCAUCGAGAGAGAAGACAAGAGUGACCAGAUGCGGUAUUGGGUCAAUGCUAUGAAGCUGCGUACCAAGCAAGACUCUCAAGCCGCUGGGCUGCAUGCACCCACUGUUCCUCCUCCAAACAUCGCCACCCAGGCGGAGGCGAGCGUUGGGUCUAUUUCUCCCUUCCUGGACCCGGACCGACAGGUCCAUGAGACCACGAAACAAACAGGAUCCCUGGUAGGCAGUGGUCGGAGCAGAGCUAGCUCUGAUAGCUGGGAGGACGUUGAGCCACUUAGCCUCCAGCAACAUAGACAUCCGCUAGACAACUCGCAAAACGAUGCAGAUACAGAAGAUCAGUCUCCAAGCAAAGGAAAGGGCAGAGCGAUUGAUGAGCCAAUAGAAGAAGAGAGUUUGAACACCAGUCUUCAGGAACGGGUCGAAAAGGGUACUUCGCCAAGAUUGAAGGGCCGAGGAGGACGCAACAACAUCUUGGAUCAGAAUAUUGGCUCGGCAGAGUUCUCCAGCCUCCCUUGGUUACACUCAGGAAUCAAUACUUCCUCUCAACAGAAUUCUUCCAGACCACGUGCUGUGUCGGAUGGGCCUCAGAUACGCGAUACGAUAUCUCCCCUGGCACACAACAAUUGGAGCUUUUCGAAUCUGGACGCCACUGAAGGGCAAGCUAAUGGUAGGUCCCCUCCAACUGCCACGAGCGACGAGAACAGUAGGCCCAUUGUCGCACGCGGUGUGCAGCUAAAUUCUAGAGCUCACGACGCAGUUUCUGAGAUCCCCAGAGCAGGAUCAUCUGAAGGAGCGAAGCAGGCUUGGAAAGCUGCACAAGACCUUCGAGUUCAGCAGGCCAUAGAAAAAGCUAGAGAAGCACAGAAGCUGAAAGCAGAACGUCAAGCUGAGGAUACUAUGCCUUCGGUCCCUCUAGCAUCUGACCAUGAAGGUCCACUUCAAAUUGUCGGCCAAGAUGGUAUCACACGAACUGCCCAAAACUGGGAUGAAGUAUUCGACGCAAACCCUGUUGACUCAGAGUCAGAGUCCGAGAUUGGUAUAAAUGCAGCUCCAGCUCCCUUUGAAGCGCAACCUCAUCAUCCUGAGAACCGCGAAGCUUUAGCCCCACGCCAUGUCGAGCCUGAAGGCAUCUUCGGACGCGUUGCAGACUUUCUUUGGGGGGGUGUCGGUGAAGACCGACCUCGUGAAGACUUGGGCGCGAAUGAUGAGCAAAUCGUACAUGACCUAGCGGCUGAGGCUCCCUUUGUGCCCGUCGCACACCACGAUCACUUUGAGGACGAUGAUGAGUUUCCGGAGCCUGACCAAGACGUUGUCGAUGCUGCAAUCGCCGCUGGGUUAGAUCCAAAUGAUCCCGAUGCGAUGGAAGAUGCCGAGGACUUUGAGGGCAUCAUGGAACUUGUAGGGAUGCGUGGACCGCUUUUCAGCCUUGUUCAGAAUGCCCUUUUCAGCGCGUUCUUGCUGGCCUUGACGGUUGCAAUCGGUAUUUGGAUUCCAUACAACAUCGGCAGGGUAUCUCUGCUUUUAACCGCCAAUCCUGGCCCGGCCAUCAAAUUACCUUUGCGAUUGAUAUUCGCUUGUGCGGCAUUUCUGCAAGAUCUUGCGUUAUCUAUACUCGGUGCGGUGUCGUAUCUCACCCUUUGGCUCCUUUCAGUGCCGUUAAAGCUCUUAUCACCAUACUCUCCUGCCGUUCGGACUACAGUGGCAGCGAAAGGGCUCGCACUGAGUUCGACAGCCAUGAAUCUCUCUCAUGAUGCUGUCAAUCGGAUGUUGAACGAGACGCAGAGCAGCCUUACUCAUAUUCUCGAUUCUGAAAUAUUUGUCUUCUCCGCUGCUUCACAUGAGUCCUUGAUCUCACUAAGAUCAUUCGUCCUCGACAGCCUUGCUAGCAUCGGUAGUACUGUCAUUUAUAUCUUUACAGGGGAUUACCAUGUGAGUUUGGGAGGCAUAUGGAGCGUCUUAGCUGGGGCAGCAAACUACAUUUGGGCCCUAAUCGCAGGAUUGCCCACGCUUCUUGUAAGGCCAGACUCUUGGGUAAUCAGCCUUGAAGUUGGGAAGCGAGCAGCUCCUCUCGAUCCUGACCUCAGCGUUUGGGAUGGUACAGACCGUUUCUGGGCAAUAUUUGCAGGUUACACGGCUCUGUGCCUUCUUGGGACGCUUUAUGUCAAGAAAGGAUCGCCGUUCUCAACAAGUCAAGUGGGGCGUGAGUGGGAAGCCACAAUUAUUGACUUGCUCAACCAAGCCGGGGGGGUCAUGAAGGUGAUUUUGAUCAUCAGUAUUGAGAUGCUGGUGUUCCCACUCUACUGUGGCCUUCUUCUCGACGCUGCCCUUCUUCCACUUUUCGAGAAUACAACGAUCAUGUCUCGACUUGUUUUCACUAUAAAAUCCCCCCUCACUUCCAUCUUUGUACACUGGUUUGUGGGAACAUGUUACAUGUUCCACUUCGCGCUCUUUGUUUCGAUGUGUCGGAAGAUCAUGCGAAAAGGAGUAUUAUACUUUAUCCGCGAUCCUGACGAUCCGACAUUCCAUCCUGUACGAGAUGUUUUGGAGCGAAAUGUAGCAACACAACUUCGAAAGAUCCUUUUUAGUGCCCUGGUAUACGGCGGUCUUGUCGUCAUCUGCUUGGGCGGCGUUGUUUGGGGAUUGGCAUAUGCAUUCAAUGGCGUUCUACCUAUCCACUGGUCAUCAAAUGAACCAGUACUGGAAUUCCCAAUCGAUCUCCUCUUUUAUAAUUUCUUGAUGCCUUUGGCAGUCAAGUUCUUCAAGCCUUCGGAUGGGUUGCAUGCCAUGUAUGGUUGGUGGUUCCGCCGGUGUGCGAGAAUGCUUCGGCUUACCUGGUUCAUGUUUGAUGAGAGGAAGCUGGACGAAGAGGGCUAUAAUGUUCGCCGCACUUGGACAGGCAUCUUCAAACACGCGACAGCGGAGCCCCCGAAGAAAAUCAAAACCGAUGAUAUUGAGCAGCCUUUCCUCGAAGACCCAGAACUGAAUGUAUAUUUCCGCAGCGAUGGCCGGUAUGUUAGAGCACCUGCAUCGGACCAGGUGAGAAUACCGAAGGGUGUAGGAACGUUUCUCGAAGUCAACGAGGCGAAUGAGCGAAUCGAUGGCAAGAAGGAACGUGAUGGCGUUCAUAGCAAAUCAUCCACGCACUUCAAGCAGGUCUACAUCCCUCCUUGGUUUCGCACGCGGAUCUUCCUCUUCAUCGUCUCCAUUUGGCUUUUCGCAGCUCUCACUGGAGUGUCUAUCACGAUUGUUCCCCUGGUUCUUGGGCGUCAUAUCUUCGCUAAGAUCAUACCAGCGCAUGUCCGCAAGAACGAUGUCUAUGCAUUUUCGAUUGGCAUCUACAUCCUAGGUUCAGCCUUGUACGCAAUUAUACAUGCUAAACAGUUCUACUUCUACAUCAAGAACACGAUCAACAUCAAUGCGGAGACACCUCAGAAUGUACGCCGCCGCGCGGUCACAGUCGCGUCUCGAAUCGGACGCAUUGCAUGGACAUACACGGCAUUCCUCUUCAUUCUACCUACUCUUUUCUCCUUUCUUGUCGAAUUCUACCUGAUUGUACCGCUGCAUACAUAUUUUGCGAUCGAAGAGCGACACGUGAUGCACUUCGUCCAAAGCUGGACUCUGGGUCUGCUUUACGUCAAGCUCACUACGCGAAUUAUUCUUUGGCAUGAGGAUUCUCGGCCAGCUCAAUCGCUACGUGCCAUCACACGGAAUGGAUACCUGGAUCCAGAUGCCCGUCUUGCAACUCGAAGCUUCAUCCUUCCCGUUGGGCUCAGCCUCUGCUUCGCACUCGCGUUUCCUUGGGCAUGCGUAACAAUUGCAACAAUCACUGUCCUUCGAGAUCGUCCAGAGAAGCACCUCGUGGCAUACCGAUACGCAUACCCCAUGUGCUUCUGUUUCUGCUGCAUAGUAUACGCGCUUUACAUCCUCCUCAGCUGGGUGAAGGACUGGAGAAUGAAGAUCCGGGACGAGGUCUACUUGAUUGGCGAGCGGCUGCACAACUUCGGAGACCGGAAAUCGAGCGCCAGUGGUGUCAGCGUCCCAAGUGUGCGGAGGAUCGAGACUUGAUUUUGGACACGAACGAAUGGUAUUCUGGUCAAUGAAGAUGAAUACAUGACUUUACGGUAUAGGAGGGAGUUGGGAAGAGACAUGAGGCGUUGGAGGGCUUUAUACCAUGCUUGGCAGCUGUGUUUUACUUGCUUUUAUGGUCUUCUAGAAAUUGAGAAUAGAAAUUUAAUCGCGAAAUGAACAUAG